GGGAGGUGGAGCGUCGAGACAUAAUCAGGAAAAAAAUAUGUUUUUGAGUAUUUAUCUCGGAGAACCGAUGUAUAUUACCACAAACGAGUAAUUCAAUGAUGAGUUGAAGGCUUGUAAAGGAGCCCACAGUUUUGAUAAUGAAGAGAAAAUCAGACCCUCUCCAAGUGUCAAAAAUGAAAUUUCGGUGCAGAACUUCUGAAAGGGAACAACUGGAUCCUCAAACAAGAGAAUGUAGUGCCAAAACAGACUUAAGUUACUCUGACAAACAGUCUCAUAAGAGACACCUGAGUUCUUUGCACAAUGAGAGCAGCUUUAUCAAAUUUUUAAACGAAGACCGGCAGAAGCCCACUUCACUCUGUGAUCUGACAGUCUCUGUGAGUGGGAAACAGUUCAGUGCCCACAAGGUUGUGCUUGCCUUUGGGAGCAGCUACUUCCACACCCGACUUUGCAAAAACCCUGAGACCAGCCAUAUCACUGUUGACCACAUGGAUGACUCUGCCUUCCAGCAUUUGCUGUGUUUCCUGUACACAUCUGAGUUUGUGGUGUCAGACACUGAGAUCCCUUGCCUGGUGGAUGCAGCACGUUUCUUGAACAUGCUGACUGCAGUGGAGCUGCUGACAGACCAGUGUGGCUCCACCACCACCACAGAGUCUCCUGUGCAGAGAGAGGCUGGAUCAGUCCACAAUGACCUGGCCGAGGCUGCAGGGCCACAGAGUCCUCCAGCAGGUGGCGCUAAAGCCCAGGGACCAGGGGCUGUCAGCUGUUUGCUCUGCAGCCGUACGUUUUGCUACAGGAAGUCCCUAGAGAAGCACAUGGCCAGGAGCCACACUGCCGAGAGCCAGAGUGUUCAGGGUGAGGUAGCUAUAGAAACAGUAGCUGUGGUGACCACGAGGAGGUCUGCCCGGCAGAGGAAGACCCCAGCCAAGUUUGACAGUUUGACAACCGAGGGAAAAGCCAAUGAACAAAUACUGAACGGAAAAGGAGAGGAGGUGGAUAGAGGAGGAGGACAAGACGAUGAGGAUGCAGAGGGUGAAAAUGAAGAAGACAAUGAGCAAGAAGAGGGAGCCCAGAGACUUGAAGUCGUGAAAGGACAAAACCCCACCGAAGCACAAGAGAAGCUGAUGAUAGCUGAUCACGUAGAGAUGGUGAUUGUAGGGCAUCAGGAGGAGCAGACUGCUGAAAGCAGGCAGGUGGUGGGGAGCAACAGCACCACUACAAGCCAGGUGGAAGCAGAUGCGGCCUCAGGGAUACCACCCAGCCAUGAGGUGGUGGCACACAGUCGGGCAUCUGGCUCAUCCACUCACACUUACCCAGAAGGCCUUGCUCCUCUGGUCAUACACACCUCCAACAGGAAAACCCUCCAGUGCCCCAAGUGUGACAAAACAUUUGACAGAAUAGGAAAGUAUGAAAGCCACACCCGUGUUCACACGGGGGAGAAGCCCUUUCAGUGUGAUAUCUGCCACCAGUGCUACUCCACUAAGUCCAAUCUCACUGUGCACAAGAAGAAGCAUGCUAACAAUGCUCCUUUCCAAAAGAAAGACCACAAGUGUCCCUUUUGCAACAAACUGCACGCCAGCAAGAAGACGAUGGCAAAACACGUCCGAAGGUUCCAUCCUGACCAUAUACAGGAGUUCAUGACUAUGAGGAAGAAGAAGAGUGAAGGCUGGAAAUGUGAUAUAUGCCAUAAGUCUUUCACCCGAAGACCCCAUCUGGAGGAACACAUGAUCCUGCACUCCCAAGAUAGACCUUUCAAGUGUGCUUAUUGUGAUGACUACUUCAAGUCAAGGUUUGCAAGAUUGAAGCACCAGGAAAAAUACCAUUUAGGUCCAUUCCCAUGUGACAUCUGUGGGAGGCAGUUCAAUGACACAGGGAAUAGGAAACGACACAUUGAAUGCACGCAUGGUGGAAAGAGAAAAUGGACAUGCUAUUUGUGUGGGAAAUCCGUAAGGGAGAGAACCACCCUGAGGGAGCAUUUAAGAAUCCACAGCGGAGAGAAACCUCAUCUCUGCAGCAUAUGUGGGCAGAGUUUCAGACAUGGCAGCUCAUACAGACUCCAUCUCCGCGUUCACCACGACGACAAGCGCUAUGAGUGUGAUGAGUGUGGGAAAACGUUCAUCAGGCAUGAUCACCUCACUAAGCACAAGAAAAUACACUCUGGUGAGAAAGCCCACCAGUGUGAGGAGUGUGGCAAAUGCUUCAGGCGUCACGACCACCUCACUGUCCAUUAUAAGAGUGUCCACCUGGGGGAGAAAGUGUGGCAAAAGUACAAAACAGCAGUUCACCAGUGUGAGGUGUGCAAGAAAGAGUUCAAAGGAAAGUCCAGUUUGGAGAUGCAUUUCAGAACACACUCAGGAGAGAAGCCAUACAGAUGUCCUAUCUGUCAACAGACCUUCCGCAUUAAGAAGACGUUAACCAAGCACAUGGUGAUCCACUCUGACGCAAGGCCUUUCAACUGCCCUCACUGCAGUGCCACCUUCAAGAGGAAAGACAAGCUGAAGUAUCACGUGGACCACGUCCACAGCUCCAGACCUGCCGAGCAACCUCAGGCUGGCCUACCAGGGGAGAAGAUCAUGCCCCCACUGCCCUACUCAGAACCUACCAAGCUGUACCGGGCUGAGCACAAGAGCGUCCUGCAGAGUGUUUCAUCUGGCGACGUGUGUGUCCCUGUCACUCUGGUGCCAGUGCAGAUGUCGGAGAUCUCCGGGCAGGCUGGUCUGCCAGUGCAGGGGGCACCUCAUGGGGUCCUGCCUCAGGGGCAGCCGGCAACGGCAGGGUACCAGCCGGCCACUGACCUGGUGUUUCUGGAGAAGUACACGCUGACGCCGCAGCCAACCAACAUCGUCCACCCCGUGCGCCCAGAUCAGAUGAUGGACCCCCGGGAACAGUCUUACCUGGGGACGCUUCUGGGGCUAGACUCUGCCACACCUGUGCAAACCAUGCCCACCCCUGACCACAGUCACUAAACCUUCUGUCAUAAACAGAGUCUAGACAUACUGCACAGAACACCAUUUCCAUAUCGUCUUGGAUAUUAAGCAGCAGACAUUUUCUAGGCUGAUUUGACAUGGAACUAUACUCUCAUUCAAGCGUAAUAAUCAAGGAACACCAUGGGCACAGCAACACAAUGAUAU